AUGCAGCAAUACAGCCAAGUAAAAGGCUGUGAAGAAGAACAGAUAAAGAAGUUGUGUGAAUGUCCACAUUUGUAUCACACAAAAGCGUUCCAAGCAUACCAAGAAACACACAAAUCUCCACAUUUGCAUUACAGAGAAAUUAAGGACAAUAAUCGACAUGAAGAAAUAGCCUUCACUGAAGAAAGUACAUCAUUUAAGAAAGAUCUAAAGAAGGCAAGAGUUAUGAACAUGCUCACAAAAGCACUUCCAACCCAGAAUGUGAGAGAUGUUCAGAGAGCAAGGUGUGGCUAUACACCCUGCAUUAUUGAGCAGGUAGAUGCCGUAUUAUAUCAAGAAAGAUGCAUGUGAAAGAUACUAUCCAAGCUUCCAGCAGUUAAUGGAUGAAUUAAAUGACAACAUUGACAAUAAUGAUGUUGAUACAAACAUUGCUAAGAACAAUGAUUAUAGCCUUAUGGUAGGUGACAUUGUUACCGUAAAUCGAGGGGAAGAAAAUGAAAUUCCCAGCUGUGACAAAUGGUGGUUACUCCACGUGAAUAAGGCCCUUCCAUGUACCAAAUCUUCUAGUGGCUGCCAUGUGUCGGGAUUUUGGUUAGAAAUGUUACCAUCCUCACAACAACCUGAACAAGGCUAUGCACUAAAGUUACAAAGAGAGAGUGCAAAAACGUAUUAUGGUAGUCUAAUAAAAAAGAUGAUAAGCUUGCCUGUCCGUCAUACCAGUUGA